CGCUCCUUUUCGCCCCUUUCAAAAUAACUCAUUGUCAUCAUCUUUGGAAAACGGCUUGGCCUGGACGGGACUAAUUAUUUAAAAUUGGAGGAGGAGUGAUUAGUCAAAAAUCGAAAAAAAAAAAAAAACAAGAUCAGACGAGCGGCACAAUAACGACAGGGCCCAUUGGACACCGAGCACCCUUGGGCCUGUCUGUCAAGUAGACAUGUUUCAAACUGUCCCUGACACGUCGUCUUACGUCAAGGAGGCGCUAUCAGUGGUGAGUGAAGACCAGUCCCUAUUUGAGCCUCCGUACGCUGCUGCUGCCCCUCUCCCCAAAACAGACAUGACUGCAUCUGGUGCACAGGACUACGGCCAGACCCACAAAAUCAACCCCUUACCCCCACAGCAGGAGUGGAUCAACCAGCCAGUGCGGGUCAAUGUCAAGAGAGAAUAUGAGCACAUGAACGGAUCCAGGGAGUCUCCAGUGGACUGCAGUGUGGGUAAAUGUAAUAAGCUGGUGGGGGGUAAUGACACAUCUCAGAUGACCUAUGGAAACUACAUGGAUGAGAAGAACGCUCCUCCCCCCAACAUGACCACCAAUGAGCGGAGAGUCAUCGUACCUGCGGACCCGUCGCUGUGGUCCCAGGACCAUGUGCGCCAGUGGCUAGAGUGGGCCAUCAAGGAGUACGGCCUGUUAGAGAUCGACACGGCGAUGUUUCAAAACACAGACGGCAAAGAGCUCUGCAAGAUGAGCAAGGACGACUUCCUCCGGCUCACCACCCUGUACAACGCAGACGUGCUUCUCUCUCAUCUCAAUUACCUCAGGGAAAGUAGUUCAUCAUUAUCCUACAAUACACCAUCUCACACGGAUCCAUCCCCACGCCUGGCUGCCAAAGAGGACCCUUCCUAUGAUGCUGUACGGCGGACAGGAUGGUCUAACAACAUGCACAGUGGCAAAGGAUCACCAGUGGUUACUCAGAAUGUGACCAAGACCACUGAGCAGCCCAGACCUCAGCCAGAUCCAUACCAGAUUCUGGGUCCCACCAGUAGUCGUCUUGCCAACCCAGGUUCAGGUCAGAUCCAGCUGUGGCAGUUCCUCCUGGAGCUCUUGUCUGACAGCGCCAACGCUGGCUGCAUCACAUGGGAGGGCACCAAUGGUGAAUUUAAGAUGACAGAUCCGGAUGAAGUGGCGCGGCGCUGGGGCGAGCGGAAGAGCAAGCCCAACAUGAACUAUGACAAGCUGAGCCGCGCGCUGCGCUACUACUAUGACAAAAAUAUCAUGACCAAGGUGCAUGGCAAGCGCUACGCCUACAAGUUCGACUUCCAUGGCAUUGCUCAGGCACUGCAGCCGCACCCCACCGAGUCCUCUAUGUAUAAGUACCCCUCGGACCUAGCCUAUGUGCCUUCCUACCACGCCCACCAGCAGAAGGUCAACUUUGUAUCUCCGCACCCUCCAUCCAUGCCAGUCACCUCCUCCAAUUUCUUUGGACCCACUGCUCAGUACUGGAGCUCGCCCACUGCAGGUAUCUACCCCAACCCAAAUGUUCCUCGCCAUCCUAACACUCAUGUGCCAUCCCACUUGGGCAGUUACUAUUAAAAACAAGCCUUUCUUACCAUCCACCAUCCUUGAAACCCCCCCCUUUCCACAAAUGCUGACCUGCACUCCCAAUGAUGCCAAACCAAUGAAGACUUAAUGAUCGAGGCGAUUUGUCCUCUGAAGAAAUUUUGCUCCUGAAUGAAGGAUGUUUAAAUUGAAGGAGUUUUUCUUUUUGUAAAAUUCUAUAAACAACUGGAUGUUACGGUCCAAAAUGGAAUACUACUUACCUUUUACAAGACUAGCAACUAUGUGGUUAUGUUUUAUGAACGUGCGUCUGAGUUUCCUGUGCCUUUCUUUUCCAAUCCCCUCAAAGCUGCACCCACAAGCCAGUAGGUGUCCCUUUUUGAACCUCCCCAAGCCUGAAAACAGGAGACAAGUCUGUCUGUCUCCUCCCCCCGCUACAAAACCAGACAUGGGCCUAUUACUUAUGGGUCUCAAUCUACAUCCUUCGCAGUACAUUAUGUGCAUUGUGCUUUAAAACAUCUGCCUUUUCCACUCGCCAACUGCCUUGUUGGGGUUUCUUAUCCCCACCACAUCUAGCCUUCUGUUUCCACUGUAUCUGUCUGCUUGUCUAUUCAUCUGCAUCUUUUUUAUGUGUGUGUGGAGAGUCUUCUGGAAUUCGCUGGACAAGAAGAAGCUCUCAAUGAGAUGGACUUUUCUCAGCACUGAAUGAAAUCUGGCAACUGGAAUAUGCCAUUCAAUAUGCCGUUUAAUUUAUCCUCCAAACUGGAAGGCUAGAGAAGAGUUAAAUGCCGUAGAAGGAAGCGCUGUAUGUUUUGCUGACCUGGGUGAACUCAGUUGCUUAAAUCGUUUUCUGUGUGCCGUGUGUGGAGUUCAAGAGGGGCAAUGUUGUACAGUUGGCUCAAUUGUGUUGAGGAAGCUGAGUAAGGAUAUAAUUGCAGUAAUUUGCAACAAUAAUUCAACCCAGGUCAGAUGUUUUCAGUGGGCCACACACUAGGCUAUUAAAUGUUUGCCAUGUUGUUGCCUUUCAGCCAUGCCAUUUCCAGAUGUGUUGUUGCUCGACCAUGUCAGUAUUAAUGUGAAUGUCUUCUGGUUUGUAAACCACGUAAAAGGGAUACCCUUCAGCAAAAUCAAAAUUUGUCAGAUGUAUGUAUUUAGUAGUAACAAAAAGACAACUUUUAAUGGAGAAAUUAACUCCUUCACACUUCGGCUCAUGAAUCUAAAAGUUGAAAGUGCCUUUUUGCAGAUGGGAUUACAGACGUGUAGAUAAUCUACUGUCAUGUAGUGGAUGUUUUUUUUUCUGUCCAAAGUGACUCACAGUGCUUUGAGUGUCCAUCCAGCUUUAAUAUGUGCUGUAAUGAGAUUCAAAGCUCUAACCCUCACAGAGUUAGUGCCAUGCUUUAACUGCUGAUUUAAACCACAUCUUGUCUAUAAAUUCCAGACAAGACAGCACUACAUCUUAAGAGUGCAUAGAAUAAAUGAUCACUCCAAAAAUCUGACAAUUUUUGAUUUUGAAGUGCACUCUGACAAUAACGGCUACCAUGGUGCCAUCUCUUUCCUCUUUGUAGGCCAGUCAGGACCGCGUAGGUCAGCACAAAGAAGUGGCUUAGCAGUAAGUCAUGUUUGAGUCAAGUUGCAUUUUUACCAGGGCUGGAUCCUAGUUUGAGAGCAGCAUGUGUGUUUGAAUGUUAGUUUCUCACUGAUCUUAAAGCCCAGCAAAAUGCACAUGAAUCUCAAGUCAGGAUUUCAUCAUCAUCAGUGUGUCAAAACAUAUCCAUCUUCAGGUGUUCAAAGCUGUUUAUAUCAAACGUAUGCCUUUAGUGUAACUGAAAAUGAACACUUGAAAAUAAAUUACUUGGGACAAAGUAGUUUAUCAAAGAACAAAACCAGUAAAGUAUGACGAGAUGAAACAAAGAAAUCCUCAGAUUCGCAAACGCUGUGCGUUUGUCAGACCUAUUUUUUAUUAUUUUAUAAGCAUCAGUCAACUAGGCAUUAAAGCAACUUACUGUAUAAAUUAUGCAGAGUUAUUUUCAUAUGUGACACAGUAUAAAAAGUCAAGAGAAUUAAUACGAGUUGACCUCGGUCAAAAAUGCAAACCUUUUAAGUCCAUUUCUGCUAAGUAGUUUGUUAAGCAUUUUAAGCGUUUAUAUAUCUGUACAUUUGGGCAAUACAUUUUAACAUUUUUGUUUUCUUGUUAUUGUUAUUAUUUCUGGAAUUCGGUUUUUAACAUCCUAAGUGCCUUUUAAGUGUAAAAGAUAUUUUCUUGUAUCCCCAAAGUCACGAAUGCCUGCUUGAAUCAUAAUCCAAUAGCCAGGGAUACCUUUCCUGUAUAUGCAACAUGUGAUGGUGUUGGAUCAUUCAUCAUUUUUCAUGCCAAAUAGCCCUGGCAUUGGUAGCUUUUUCUGUACAUGAAUGAUUUUCAGGUAUUUUAUGCCAAAUAGUACCAACAGUAUUAAUAUCCACAACCAGCUUCUCUUGAAGAUUUAUAGCUUUCAAAGAACAAAUUAAAAAGGGAACAUUUAAUUUGUAGCAUAAAGAAAUUAUUCUAAUGUACCCUUUACCGUCAUGUUUCACAACUGUUAUCGAAGAAAAGGGAUCAGUGCUACUUCAUAUAUGCAAUGUAUUUUGGAUAUCAAAUAUAUAUAUAUAUAUAAAUAUAUAUAUAAAUAUAUGUGUGUGUAUAAUUUUACAAUUAACCAGUGUAUUAUUAUUAUUGUCAUUCCUGCAAUGUAUGAAGUAAUACCUUUUGAAAAAGGGCUUUUGUAUAGAAAAAUGUGACAAAAUAAAUGUUUUUACCUCUCAA